AUGUCGCCCGCGCUCACACACAGCCGUCGCCCACGAUCACUCCCCUUCCGUCGAUGUCGUUCACCCCCCUCCGUCGCCCACGCUCACUCCCCUCGGUCGCCCACGCUCACUCCCCGCACGUCGCCCUCGCUCACUUCCCUCCCGUCCCCCACGCUCACUCCCCUCCCGUCCCCCACGCUCACUCCCCUCCCGUCCCCCGCGCUCACUCCCCUCUCAUCCCCCACGCUCACUCCCCUCCCGUCGGCGUCUCCCUCUUCCAUCUCACUCUACCCUCCUCUCCCCCCAUGCUUCCCCUCCUUUACCCCCAUGCUUCCCCUCCUUUCCCCGCAUGUUUAUACUCCGUUCGUCAAAUGCGACCUCCCGUUCCCCCCCAUGCUCCACGCCUCUUACCCCCCUGCUUCCCCUCGGUUCCCCCCAUGCUCCCCCACCGUGCCCCCCACGCUUCCCCUCCUUUCCCCCCCUGCUCCCCCUCCUUCCCCCCCCUGCUUCCCCUCCUUCCCCCCCCUGCUUCCCCUCCUUUCCCCCCCUGUUUCCCCUCCUUUCCCUCCCUGCUCCCCUCCUACCCCCCCCCCUGCUUCCCCAAACGGCGGGUGGGAAUGCCUACAAGCAGCUAUUUGCGCGACGGAGGGGGCGUGCCUCGCCACUGAGCGGCGGCGAGGACCCCCCUUUUCCCUAUUUGGAGUACACCCUUCUUCUCACUUUCCCCUCUCUUGCCGUUCACCCUUCUUCACCCUUUCCCCUCUCUUCCGUACACCCUUCUUCCCCCACCUUGCAUUCUCUGCCUUACUCCCUUCUUCCACACCCUUCAUCCCCCAAUCCCCUCUCUGCCUUACGCCCUGCUUUUCCCUUCCCCCUCUCUCCUGA